GCUCCUAUGCUUUUAACUUUAUUCCCGUUUUUAUAGUUCACUUCGUAACCUUAAUGAAAUGGAUAUGUACGGAUACGCACAUCCUUCUCAAGGAUCCCAUCACUGGGGCAACCGUCACUUUGUGAAGGGCGGGACUGGAGGGGUCCUCUGUGGAGGUGGUUGGACGUUCUCACUGAUGCACGAGGACUUGUAAGCCAAGAAACUAGUAAUUAUGACGGACAUGGACUUGACGGUGGAAACAGAAGGUUGGUGAUCGGUCUGAGAAGGGUUGUUUGGUUUCAUUCUUCUUGGUUUUUAGUUUUUGAAGUCAUGGUUUGAUUGCAUGUCUUCAUUAAUCCCCCGCAUUUUCCGCCUUGUAGAUUCAAGUGUUUCCAUUUCAUCUACAAACUUCAACUACUUUUCCAAGAACGACAGCUCGGUCUGGCUAGGUUCUGCUGAAAGGUGUACUCGAUUUCCGAACAUGCUGCUCUUGUUGGUCUGAUCCUAGUACGGUGGAAGUACAAAAUUUCCAACAAGAGUUUUUCUUCAAGAGGUGAAGAAAGCACGCGGAAGAUAAAUAGAUCAAUAGAGAAUAGAGAAGGUUAACUCGACCACCGUGAUUAGCUGGAUACAGUGUGGUCUGAAUGGUGAUGGAGGGAGACAUCCCUGGUGAGUGAUAUUAUGGCCUUUCAGGCUUGGCGUGCAUUCACAAAGGCUAAUGGGGCCGCAGACUGAGUGACUUCUUAUGUGACCUAUCACUCCGGAUGUACUCUACGAGUCGAGAAAGAAAAAUUAGCCAGAGUACUCCGAGACUUGUUAUUUUCUAAUUUUAUUAAAAAAAAGAAGAAGAAAGUGAACAGCCCGCUCAUUACAAUGUGUUUUUCUUCUAAUAUAUGGAUACGAUUCAUUAAACUUCAACAAAGAAAAGUAUGCAUUGUUUGUGAUGAUCUUGCUAGCUUUGGGUCUUGGAGGGAGGGCAACCAAUUUGCAAAAAUGGCCUUCUGGCCGACCAAAGAUGAUGGCCCAGUACUAAAAUGAAUAAAUUGGGGAAGUAGCAGUAGUUGGAGGGUCAGAGUCACAGGCUCUUUGGCCUUCACUUAAUGGGCAGACAUCCAUGAUGAUGGAAAAUGGUAAAUUCCUUGGUGAGCCAAGGAGGCCACCAAUCAUGAUGAUAAAGCCUUCUAACCCUUGGUGUCAUUCAAUUGAGUCCAUUUCAAUUUCCCUUUCAGUGCUUGGUCCUGUCGAUCCUCUCCAAAGCCAUUGCACUGAGCGCCCUGAACCCGUCCUGCGGUGACAACUACCUAUUGAUCAAUGACAACAACUUGUGUCGUUCUGCUUCGUCCUGUCCAAUUUCUAGUCUCUCAUGUCCCUUGCCUUCUCUCUCUCUCUCUCUCUCUCUCUCCCUCCCUCCUCUGAAAUGGGAGACCAAGGCGAUUCCCCUACUUCCAUAGAGAGCAGCAGUCAUGCUUGUAUUUCCACCGCAUCUCUCUCUCAAUCAAGUACAGGAGAUUUGAGAACUGAAUUAAAGCUUGGGCUUAGCUUAUCGAUCAAUUCUCAGACGUCCUCCAGUUCAAGUAGGGAACAACACUCCGAUCGGCCACCACGGACCGAACGACUCCUUCGGAGCACACCAAAUGACAGAAGAAUUCGGCAUCACCCAGCAAGUUUCUUUGUCAAGGUUCACAUGGAAGGAAUUCCGGUUGGCAGAAAGUUGGAUCUGAUUGCACUCGACGGCUAUGAUUCCCUGAUCAGAACACUACGUUGCAUGUUUAGGACCAACAUUUCAUGCCCUGGAAUUGCUCAAGUGUUUCCUAGAAGGACCUAUCAGCUAAUAUAUGAAGACAUGGAAGGAGACUGGAUGAUGGUGGGAGAUGUUCCAUGGGAGCUAUUCCUCAACAAUGUCAAGAGAUUGAAGAUCGCCAAGCCAGAUAAAUGCUAGUGUUCCUCCCACAAACCUUUAUACCUAGAGAGUGAUAAGAAGCUUAUAUAGCAGCUAUUUCAAGGUUCAAAUGUACAUACAUAGUGAAUGUAGCUUCUAUAACUGUUUUAUUUUUCCUGCCCCAUUAUUUUUAGUUCCUACAAAUCAGAACUCGCCUUUUAGAAGCUCCCAAAUAAAUGAAAGCCACUGAAGCUA